UGGCUCGACGAGAACUUUGGUGCUAUGGCGACGGAAGAGGAGAGCGCCACUGGGCCGUCCGAGCCCGCGCCCUGUGCCGGUGCGGACUCGGGCGCUGGCAUCGAAGUCGAAGCCAAACAGGAAGAGCUGAGAAAGCCCGACGUGGCUGAGAAGGUGGAGGAUCCGCAAGGCCCAUUGGGAGAAGGCCAGGACUCUGGCAAAACUGAAGGUGAAACUCAAGAAGGUGCGGUCACCGCGGUUGCAGCGCCCAAAGCUCAUGCGGAGGGCGGCCUGGGCUUGGAAGAGCUCAGACCACCCACUGGAGAGCCAAAGGCAAUGGCACCGGGCGACACCCUCAAGGAGGCCACCAGCCAGACGACCACGGGCACCGCUCCUGGCGGCGCGAAUGGCGCGCCCACACCGCCGAACGCGUCAGUGGGCGCUCCGCCCCGGCCGCCGGGGGUGCCUGUGGGCACGAAAGGUGUUGGCAAGGGCCAAGUCAAAGGUAAAGAUGGGAAUCCAACGGGCAAGGGACAAGGAGAAGCUGCAGAAGGAAAGGCAAAGCCUGAGGUGGCGCUUCCGCCGGCCAAAUCCACCUACAAGCAGGGCGGUCUCCGGACCACGGUGAACACCCCCGAGACCUUGGUCACCGAGGCGGAUCCUCCGGAAGACGAGGUGGCCGAAGCAGAGCAAUACAUGUAUUGGGCUCAGCAGUACGCUGCCUUGGCGCAGCAGUACGCUGCUUAUGCACAGUACUGUGCACAAUAUGCCCCGCAGGCCCAAGUUCAUGCUGAAGCUGCUGCAGGCGCCAAGCCUGCACCUGCGAACGGUGCAAUGGUGCAACAGCAGCAGCAGCAGCAACAGCAACAGCAGCAACAGCAGGCUCAGGGCCAGAAGAACACGCCGAUCAUGGUUACCCCGUACCGCCACAACUGGCUCAUUAGUGGUAGCCACCGUGGGAAUCAAGACGGUGCUUGGUACGACGCCAUUAAGGGUGACAUUGUUAAGACCAUGGGCACUCUUUCUCGCUACGUCGGUGGCUGUCGAGCAUGUGCUCCAGUGCCAUGGCAAGAAUGAGGAGCAUCCGGGUCGUGCAUCCAGGCUGUCGACCAGGUCUGGUCCUCGCGUGCAAUGCAGCGAGAAGACCGUCCCAGGGGUUGUGGCGAUCGCCUGGCGCCUGGCGCACGAACGAACGCACCACUCGGAUCGGCCGAAGAAAAGCGCCGAGCGCCGGUGGGGUAGUUGGAGUCGUGGGAGUCGCUUUGGUGGAGUCGUUGGGUGGGGAACUUUUUAGGUUUUGGAUUUGGACUCUGAUGGCUUGCAGAUAUUGAGGAAAACAGAGCAAAAGCCAGGGACAUGAAUUGAACCUCUG